AUGAGUCGAAGUCGAGAGGUAGUCGGAGAUUGGGUUGGAGCCCACAUCAUUUGUUGCAAAGUCGCCAGUUCGUGUCUUCUAUUCAUUGCGGUCGGCUUCAUCAUUGCAGGCGCAGUGCUGGUGUCUUCAAAUUCGGGUUCUUGGGAUUUUGAUAAAGAAGAUUUUGACGAUUUCUCCGAAAGACAGAGCCGCUUUAGUGCUGGUAUCGCCCUCAUCGUCUUCGGGGUAUUCAUGCUGAUCUGCGGAUUAGUUUUCCUCUGUUGUGUUUUCCAACUGAAAUUUGUUCGAAAAGCCGUUAAAUCGACAAAUUCUCAGCAGCAGCCGACUCCGUAUCCGCCUGCGGCUGGACAGCAGGUUACACAGCCUUAUCCCGUGCAGCCCUAUCCGUCACAACAAGGACCAGGGCAGCAGAUGCCACAACCCUAUCCCACACAGCCUUAUCAGCCAUCUCCGUUGGCUCCUCCCCCACCAUACACAGAGUCCGAAGUCGCGCCAACAGCACCACUCAAUGAAAAGCAGUAA